UUUUUGAAAUUUGAGAGGGGGCGUGGCUCAGUCUUUAAAUCGCCCUGGCGGGUCUUGGCGAUCGCUCUGCCUCAGCCUUCCAGGGCUGAGAUUCCAGGCGUGCAUCCCCGCGCUCGCCGGUUUUACUCUGCGAUACGGCGCUGCAUGCACUGUCAACCUAACAUUUUUUUCCUCUUAUACAAAGUGUGUGUAUGUUUACAGGCCGUCGUAUCUCAGGUUUGGCGCACACCUGGCCGGGAUCCCCGGGCGUGGAAAAGGGAAGAAGCGCAGGAACGACAGGAGGGUUGACGCGGGACUCUGGGGAGCCACUUUGUCAGCUGUUUGUUUUACAUCUCAGAAAUGUGCUUCUGGAGCCCGAGGUCUGGAUAUGUGUGAAGGCCCAUCAUUAACAAGGCCAGCCCUCUGAGCUGCGAGGAUCACUUUCUUUAGGCCGUUUGCCAAGUUCCUGAGAUUAAAAACCAGGCAGAGAUAUGAAGGAUGAGUAUUCAAGGCAGAUAGAAGAGCUUCUGUAAAGUCAGGGAAAUGCCAAGCACCAUGAAGUGUUUUAGGAAGAGGUGCAGAAUGAGCACGUGCUGUUGGUGUACACCAGGUGGUAUUUCCACCACUGACUUCCUGAAGUGCUAUGCGUCCAAGACCCAGGCCCGUGAGUUCCAAACAGCUGAUGAAGACCUCUGCUACUGCCUGGAGUGUGUGGCCGAGUACCACAAAGCGAGGGACGAGCUGCCGUUCUUGCAUGAGGUUUUAUGGGAAUUAGAAACCUUACGUCUCAUAAAUCACUUUGAAAACUCCAUGAAGGAAGAAAUUGAAGAUGAUGAUGAAUUAUACAUAGUAGACAACAAUGGAGAGGCACAGCUCUUUGAUUUUAGUGGCCAAGACUUUGAAAAUAAGAUUCGAGUUCCUCUUCUUGAAAUACUGAAAUAUCCUUACCUGCUUUUGCAUGAGCGUGUUAAUGAGCUGUGUGUUGAAGCACUUUGCCGGAUGGAACAAGCCAAUUGCCCCUUUCAGGUUUUUGAGAAACAUCCAGGGAUCUACUUGUUUUUGGUCCAUCCCAAUGAGAUGGUUCGGCGUUGGGCUAUCCUGACUGCAAGAAACCUUGGAAAAGUGGACAGAGAUGAUUAUUAUGACUUACAGGAAGUUUUAACUUGCCUUUUUAAAGUCAUUGAGUUGGGCCUUUUAGAAAGCCCAGACAUUUAUACUUCUUCAGUCCUCGAAAAGGGUAAACUGAUUCUCCUGCCGACGCAUAUGUAUGAUACUACCAACUACAAAAACUAUUGGUUAGGUAUUUGCAUGUUGCUGACAAUUCUUGAGGAGCAAGCCAUGGAUUCACUGUUGCUGGGCUCAGACAAACAAAAUGAUUUCAUGCAGUCCAUCCUUCACACCAUGGAGAGGCAGUCGGAUGAUGAUAACGUGAAUCCUUUUUGGCCAGCAUUACAUUGUUUUAUGGUAAUUCUGGAUCGCCUUGGAUCUAAGGUCUGGGGUCAGCUUAUUGACCCCAUUGAGGCAUUUCAGACCAUUAUCAACAAUGUGAGCUAUAAUAAAGAAAUCCAGAAUAUACGGGACAGCUCUGUAAGGACCAAGUUAGAACCAGAGCGAUCUUUGGAUGAUAUGGUGACUUGCAGCCAGAUUGUAUAUAAUUAUAAUCCUGAAAAGACAAAAAAGGAUUCGGGGUGGAGAUCGGCCAUUUGCCCAGAUUAUUGUCCUAACAUGUAUGAAGAAAUGGAAACGUUAGCCAGUGUCCUUCAGUCAGAUAUCGGGCAGGACAUGCGUGUUCAUAACAGCACGUUCCUGUGGUUCAUACCUUUUGUUCAGUCGCUGAUGGACCUUAAGGAUUUGGGCGUGGCUUACAUCGUAGAGGUCAUUCAUCAUCUCCACUCUCAAGUCAAAGAUGUCCUCAACCAGACAAAUGCUGUGUGUGACAAAGUCACAGAAUUUUUUCUUCUGAUUUUGGUGUCGGUGGUUGAACUGCAUAGAAAUAAAAAAUGCUUGCAUCUGCUGUGGGUUAGCUCCCAGCAGUGGGUAGCAGCCGUGGUGAAAUGUGCCAAGCUUCCUACUAGUGCGUUUGUGCGGAGCUCUGAGAAGUCAGCUGGAAGUUGUUCCAAAGGAGCAGCAAUGAUAGCAUCGCUGUCACUGCACGCAGUGCCGUCCAACUCUGUACAGCUUGCUUGUGUGCAGCUGAUCAGGAGUCUCCUUAAAGAAGGUUAUCAGCUUGGCCAGCAGACUCUCUGCAAGCGAUUCUGGGAUAAGCUUAACCUGUUCCUUCGAGGAAAUUUAUCUCUGGGUUGGCAGUUGACUAAUCAGGAAACCUGUGAGUUGCAAACUUGUUUAAAACAAAUUAUUAGGAACAAAUCAUUAGAAAAAUUAAAAGUACCUCCGAGUUACCCUCUUGUGGAUCUGACUCCCACAUGUAAAACCCCACCUGCAUCUUUUAAAGAAGAAAGUGAACAAAAGAGGAAGAAGUCUAAAACAGACAUCCACUGUCUGGAGAAUUCCAGCCCGACAUUUUCUAAAGAACCAGUGAAAACUGACAUAUCUCAAGUAAAAGAGCAUAGAUUGAUUAAAGCAAUAGAAGAGGGGGAUAGUGAGCAAAAAUAUGUAAAGGAUUUGAACACUGAAGACCAUCUCUCUGCUGAGUCGUGGUUAAAGCUGAGUGGUAAAAGUCACUUUAAUGAAAGAGCUCAGGACCAAACUAAAGCAAGUAAAAGGAGGAAGAUGUCUGUGAAAGAGAACUCUUUAUGUACACCACAGAUUUGUACUUCACGGAAUGGUCCAGGAGGAGGAUGUGACAGAGGAAUAAUAAUACCAACCCAUUCGUUGACUUCUGGCACUGAUUCUUCAGAACAUGUAUCCGUAUCAAAUGAGGAUUUCUCCUUAAAGGAUGAUGCUCUUGGUAAGACUUCAAAACCAAAAACUAAGGCAGAGAAAGAUAAAAUCUGUGCAAAGUUAUCACAUGUCAUAAAGAAGCAACACAGGAAAAGUACCGUGGUCAGUAAUGCUGUCAGUGUAGAGGAAAAUCUGGCGGUAGGUAACUUGGAGAGUUUUUGUUCAGAGAAAGAUAAAAGUAUGCAGAAAGCGGGUGGAGCCACAUGCAGUCUGUCUUUAGACUCUGAUGGCAUUCUGCUUGAUGAAAAUGGAGAAGAAAAAUCACAAAAGAGUUUAUUGCUGAAAAAGAAGCAAUUAAAGAACGAAGAAUUGGAUACUUUUUCUUAUCACGAAAACAAUUAUCAAAUACAGAAAUGUCAUGUUGAUAAAGAUUUGGUCUUCUCGCCAGAAAUGACUGAUAUUUUGGUAAAGAUGCUUCCCUCUAAGGAGCCUGUGAUCACACUUGAAUCAAGAGAUAAGGAAAGGACUAAGAGUGCAGCUCUGAUAUCCUCUAACUCACAAAAAGAACCAUCUCCCAGCAUCAGUCCGAGGUCUGACACCUUAACGGAUUCUCAGGUAGACAGAGACCUCCACAAAUUAUCUUUAAUAGCUCAAGCCAGUGUUAUCAAAUUUCCAUCAGAUUUUACUCAAAACUCACUUCAGCUGCAAAGUAAAGUAAAAGAUGAUAAAAGCUGUUUCACAGCUCAAAAUAAUGUGGACAGCUGCUGUGGACAAGUUAUUGUUAUUUCAGAUUCUGAUGAUGAAGAUGAAAUUCUGGGUUUUGAGAAACACAUUGAAAAGGACAAACUAUGCCUUGAAAAAGAAUGUCCAGAGCAGCAUGAUUCAGUAAAUACUAAUGCAGACAAAGAGCUUAUAAAAGAAGAAAAAGCAUUUUUUGUGUGUGAGGAUUCUGAUUCUCAGGUUUUUGAGUUUGAAAGUCAAUCUCAAGUGUUUUCAGUUUGGCAGGAUCAAAAAGUAGACAAUGGGAAUUCAGUUCAAGAGGAGGAAAAAAUUUCCUGUGUGACUCACAUAGCUGAUAGCACAAAUAAUUGGGGUAACGGUACGGACUAUGCAUCUGAAGAGGCUGUUCAAGAAGUAGCAAAGGACCCCGAAGAACAUGGAGAACCACACAGCAGCGUUUCUGUUAAGGGAUUUUGUAAAACUAAAGUAAAAAACCGUAAGAGAAAGCCAUUUGAAAAACCCGUAACUGAAGCUCCUCCAAAUCUUUCAUCUUCUGUCAGAAACAAGAACCAAUCUGACAUUCUCAACAAGAAGGAUCUUACUGAAACUGAUUUGAAAAGUACCGAGAUAAGUACCACAACUCCCAGUUCAACUGUUGAGAAAGCCACCACCGUUCAACCCAAGAAGUCUCCUGCAAAGGCUCGUACUUACUCAAAACCCUCUAGGAAAGGACCAGUUUCUAAAACUCUUAAGAAAACACAUUCAGAUGCCAAAAAAGGGCAAAGUAAAAGUUCGCAUUACCUAAGUUGUAGAACGGCUCCUGCUGUAGUGCCACCAAAGAAAAUCCGCCAGUGUCCUGAACCAACUUCAACAGUUGAGAAACUUGGUCUGAAGAAAACUCCUCGGAGGGCAUUUGACUUGUCCCAGAGAACUUUAGACUCCAUAGGUCAGUUACGGGAUCAUGGCAAAACUGUCGGAGCAGUCAGUGCUCCAAAAAAGGCUAAGUUAAUUUCUCCCCAGACACUCUCUGUCAAAAAUAAUAAGAAACUGCUGACGAGUCAGGAUCUUCAACAGCAAAGGCAGAUGAGACAGAAAUCACACACAAAAAGAAAAGAACCACGUAGUUGUGAAGGUCCAGAUGCUUCAAGGCCAGAGCCAGGUAGAACACAGAAUUCUGACAGAGCUGUACCAGAAUCUGACAGGUUAGAUUAUAAUUCUAAAAAACCUGAGGUACUUGCUAACAGUAAUGAAAAACAAUUAGUAAAAUUCAUGCCUUCAGAACCAGAAACCAUAAAAGCAGAAUAUGUUUCUCGGAUGACUGGCAGUGCUCUGAACCAGUGUGAUUCCAGAGUGUCAAAUGGAAGAGUAGCAGGGGAGAUGAUGGUCUUGACUUCAGAGGACCCUUUAGGUGGAGGCGAGCUAACAGGGCGGCAGGGGCCAGAGGCAACUCUGAAAGAGGCAGAACCGGAAUCCAACAGUGAUGCUGAGGAUGAUAAUUUAUUUUUAACACAACACGAUCCUCAAGAUAUGGAUUUGUGUUCCCAAGUGGAGGGGGAGAAGGAUAUACUCUUGGAAGUGCUUCAUGGAAAAGUUACAGUUCAGGUAGAAGGCUCUGUAAGUUGGCCUCAGUUGGCACAGAGUGGCACAAAGUGUAAGUAUAAAGAUUGUGCCGAAACCCUGAAAAGCCAGGGUGAAUAUUGUUCAAGACAUUCAAAAGCCAAAGCAGCCGAUGAAGAUGUAUUUCUUAAACCUGGCUUGCCUCCUGCAAGGAGACCUUCCACCACUAAAAUUUUUAGCUCCAGUAGUACUUCCCGAAUUGCUCAUCUUUCCAAGUCUUUGGAAAGUUCUCCAGCACCUCCUUCCGCUCCAAAGAGUAAAUCAGACGGGGUGCAGUCUGUUUUGAAAACGCCACAGCCCGCUUCCCUGGUGUCUGUGAAGCCAGUGGGUGAAGGGGACAAUUCAUACAGUGCUCUUCAUUCUCAGACGCUGAACAGCUCCAACAGGCAAGGUUACAGACUUCCGCUUGCCGAAAACAGAUCCUUCUCUGCUUCCGCUCCAGUGAGCGUUCUCUUACCACAGUCCAUCUCUGACAUCUUUCUUAAAGAAGUCUUGAAAUGGAAGUACGAAAUGUUUUUGAACUUCGAUCAUUGUGGAGCCCCAGCAAGUCUUUGCCACUCCAUCUCAAGACCCGUGCCUGUGCGAUUUCGAGAUUGCACAGAGUAUUUCGAUGUGUUUUUACCCUUGAUAAUACUGAAUACUUUCGAAACAGUGGCUCAGGAAUGGAUCGGCUCUCCAAAUAAAAAGAAUUUCUAUCAGUUGCAUUUACGAAAAUUUCCAACCGAUUAUAAAAAAACGUGGGAAUUUGUAGUGUACCUGGAGGAGUGUGAACUGGCUAAACAGUUUCAUCCGAAGGAAAAUGAUUUGGUGUUUUUGGUUCCUGAGAGACUAAGUGGAGAGAGAAAUGAUACCGAGAGAAAUUGCAUUCAGGAUCUCUACGAGUAUCACUGCGGUUACGUUCACAGGUUUCGCCGCACGUCAGUCAUGCGUAAUGGAAAAUCUGAGUGCACCCUUUCCAUUCAGACUCAAGAUGAUUUGUCAGCCAAUUUAAAUGAGCUUAUGAAGUGUAUUAUAAUCAGUUCUUUGGUGACUACGCAAAGGAAGUUGAAAGCCAUGUCUCUAUUGAGUGGCCGGAACCAGCUGGCCAGAGCUAUUCUGAAUCCAAACCCCAUGGAUUUCUGUACCAAAGAUUUACUAACCACAACAUCUGAGAGAAUUAUAGCCUACUUAAAAGAUUUCAAUGAAGAGCAGAAAAAGGCAGUAGAGACUGCAUACGCCAUGGUGAAACACUCGCCGUCAGUUGCCAAAAUCUGCCUGAUUCAUGGACCACCUGGAACAGGAAAAUCAAAAACUAUCGUUGGUCUCCUCUUCCGCUUACUGAUGGAGAACCAGAGAGGGGGGCACUUGGAUGAAAACUCCAAUGCCAAGAUCAAACAGAACCGCGUCCUGGUGUGUGCUCCUUCCAAUGCAGCUGUUGAUGAACUUAUGAAAAAAAUAAUCAUCGAAUUCAAAGAAAAAUGUAAAGACAAGAAGAAUCCUUUAGGAAACUGUGGAGAUAUAAAUUUGGUACGACUGGGUCCAGAAAAAUCUAUUAACAAUGAGGUCCUAAGAUUCAGUUUGGACAGCCAAGUGAACCACAGAAUGAAAAAAGACUUACCUUCUCAUGUUCAGGAGAUGCACAGAAGAAAGGAAUUUCUAGAUCACCAGCUGGAUGAGCUUUCCCGUCAACGAGCUUUAUGCCGAGGUGGACGAGAGAUACAGAGGCAAGAAUUAGAUGAAGAAAUCGCUGAAGUUUCCAAAGAAAGGCAGGAACUUGCUUCUAAAAUUAAAGAGGUUCAAGGGCGCCCGCAGAAGACCCAGAGCAUCAUUAUUUUAGAGUCCCACAUCAUCUGCUGCACGCUGAGCACCAGUGGCGGUCUGCUGCUCGAGUCUGCUUUUCGGGGGCAGGGAGGUGUCCCCUUCAGUUGUGUCAUUGUUGAUGAGGCUGGGCAGUCCUGUGAGGUUGAGACUCUGACCCCUCUCAUUCACCGCUGCAACAAGCUCAUCCUGGUAGGAGACCCUAAGCAGCUCCCACCCACGGUCAUCUCCAUGAAGGCCCAGGACUACGGCUAUGACCAGUCGAUGAUGGCGCGCUUCUGCAGGCUGCUGGAGGAAAGACUGGAGCAGAACACUAUCGGCAGGCUGCCGGUGCUGCAGCUCACGGUCCAGUACAGGAUGCACCCGGACAUUUGCCUCUUCCCGUCCAAUUACAUUUAUAACAAAAGCUUGAAAACACAUAGGUUUACUGAAGCUCUUCGAUGCUCGUCAGACUGGCCCUUUCAGCCUUACCUUGUGUUUGAUGUUGGAGACGGUUCUGAAAGACGGGAUAAUGACUCAUAUGUAAAUGCUCAAGAAAUAAAAUUGGUGAUGGAAAUAAUUAAACUUAUUAAAGAAAAAAAGAGAGAGAUUAAUUUCCGAAACAUUGGCAUCAUAACUCAUUACAAGGCUCAGAAGAUGAUGAUUCAGAAGGACCUGGACAGAGAGUUUGAUAGGAAAGGACCAGCCGAGGUGGACACCGUGGACGCCUUCCAGGGCCGCCAGAAGGACUGCAUCAUCGUUACCUGCGUCCGUGCGAACGCCAUGCAAGGCGCCAUCGGGUUCCUGGCCAGUCUGCAGAGGUUGAACGUCGCCAUCACGCGUGCCAAGUACAGCCUCUUCAUCCUGGGACAUUUGAGGACGCUGGUGGAAAACCAUCAUUGGAACGAACUGAUUCAGGAUGCUCAGAAGCGCGGAGCCAUCGUCAAGACCAGUGACAAGAACUACAGACACGACGCGAUGAAGAUCCUGAAACUGAAGCCCCAGCUGCAGCGGAGCCUGACCCACCCGCCCACCGUCGCCCCCGAGGUGUCCAGGCCCCAGGGCGGCCUGCCCAGCCACAAGCUGGACAGUGGGCUCGACACAACGUCCUCCGCCACUCCUCUGUACCACAGCCCCUCUCACUCCAACGAAGCUGUGGUCCCAAAGGAUCCUGAAAGGUCGCCCCUUCGGGAACGACUCCGGGACCCACGACUGCUAAAGAGAUUUGAAGCUGAAGCCAAGUCAGGGACGUUCCUCAGGGACCCACAGGACGCGAGCCCCCAGCACCCUGGAGCCGUGCCUCCCUGGGCAGAGCUGGGCGUCCCCGUGACCUACCAGGACUUCAGCGCUCCCCUGCAGCCACCUGCCGCUGACGUCGCCCUUCAGAGCCACUGCAGAUCUCUGGCACCAGGUGAGCCUCCCGCUGCCGGCGGUGACCAGGAGGGCUGGCUGGGCUCCAGGGGAGAAGCUUGGGCCUUCGACGAGGGCGAGCAGGAGGACUGCGGCUCCGCAACUUACUACUGGAACAACUCUGCCUGGGACAGCAGGAGACUGGAAGAGGACAGCAGUUUCAAGAAGAGAAAGCUUUCGUAGUAGAGCUGUGUGGUGGGCCUGUUGGUCCCGGGCAUUCUGUAAACUGAAGGUGACCACUCAGAUGAGGUGAUGUUUUUUUCCCUGUAAGGAGUUUGUGUGCUGUUGGAAAACAAGGAAUUGCAUCCGAUGCCUGAGCCUUCUGGUCACCUUGAGUAGUUUUGCCAGUUGCACAGUUUUCGGAGGUCCUUUGUGUGUCUGUCAUAAUGCGCACCCUUGAAGUCAGGACUCUUGUUCUCUGAAUGGUCAGCUCUGGAGGUCAGACUGGAGUGAGUGUUGUAAAAGUUGCAGUGUAUAUUUGUAAAGCAAAUAAGAAAACACUUUUAAAGUUUAAUCUACUAGACCACUUCUCUUUUUCCCCGCUUAAAAUGUUGAUCAUUUUUUAAUGGAACAAACUGUAUAUUAAAAGUGAGAGGAAGGCAGGUCCUUUCAACCACUGUGACGGAGACAGGGUUCCAUAGCAGCCUCGGUCUUUUGGGGCGUGCAAAGGGUGCCAGGGGCCAGGGUCCCUUGGGGACCUGGGGGAGGUGCAGUCACAGAAGUUGUGCUGAUGGCCGCACUCUGGGGUGAGGCCCCCGGGCUCAGGACAUGUCCGUGAUGAGGUCACGUGGCUGUCUCGGUACACGCAUAGUCCUCUAGCUAACACUCUCACUCCCCGCGAAGUGGAGGAACCCCUGAGCCGUCCCGUUAGGUGCCCUGGCAUGGGUGAGCCCUGUGCAGCUGGCGGGCAGGACGGUGCUGGGGCUGUGAGGACUCUCUCCGGCUGCUUUGGUGAGGCUUGCGGCGCACCAGCCCCGACACACUCCCAGGAUUCAGAUCGCCAGGCAGCUACAGCUGCGGGGCCAUGGGGUGGGCUGAACAGAGUCCGCCCUCAGGGUAGAUCCCCGGGAAAGUAUUCGCAGUGAGAGCUGGGGAGGAGGAAGGUUGCCCACAGGUGGCCCCGGUUCUCAGGACCGCCCGGUGGGUGGGUGGUGUGGUCCUGACGUCUGCUCCUCUGUGAGCUGAUGCUCUGCAGGGGAGGUGGCCAGGAUGGAGGGGGUGCCCUGGUCCAGGUUCCCGGGCGUCCUCUGGCUGACAACUCAGGGCUGGCAGCGAGGGCUGUGCGGCCCAUCGCUCGUUUGAGGUAGGAAGACUAAGUCCUGAAGAUGAAUGUUCACUGUCUGAGAUAGUCUUUGUCAUCUGCUUUUUCAAGCAAAAAGUUCUGUGUAGAAAUUCUCUUGGCACAGUGUAGGGAGCUUUGGACAGACGGCUCUGGCUGCCCAGUUUCCACACCCACUAUGUCUGCGCAUCUGACCUGUGUCAGCUGAACGCCCCCAAAGCAGGGAGCGAGCGGUGCCUUCUCACACCACUCUGUGCCCAGAGCCGGCCCUGCCCGUUAGUGGGCGGUUUGUCCUGGGCUGCCCUUGAGGAUAUCAGGGUAUGGCUCACCCCACCCGGGGCCAAGCCGCGGCCUCCUCAGACCUUUGGUGAAAAAUCUCCUUGUUACUUUGACUCCUUUCCUAUCUCUCGGCAGAGUGCUGUGUUAGCGGGAUUUGCAGGGUCCGUCGGCAGGGAGUCUACGGGAGGCAGCGUUUCCCCUGGGCUGGGUCAGUCCCGUGUCUCAGACUGUGCUCGCCCUCCACCGGCUUCUUCAUGCCAAAGUAGCAACACUGCGCUGUCUUUUGUUUACUUUUGUUUCCUUUUCUUUGUGGUGCUGGGGAUGGCGCCCAGGAAGUUUGAAUCGAUAAGUGCAUUUACAGGGCCCCGCGUGCCUGGCCCUCUCAGCGCUGUGCUCCGCACGGUGCCAGCCUGGAGGGUGAGGUCUGUGACCGCUGUGCCCUUGUGAGGCGCGUGGCGUCGGGAAGCGCCCUGCUUUCACCACCAGUUCUCGGCAGGAAUACUGUGUUGUGCUUUGAAACUAGAGUUGCCUCUUUAUACGUAACUUGCCUUGGGUUUGUUGUGCACAAUUUGUUUAUACGUUCUUGUGAAUUUCAGGAGCAGAUUUGAUAAAUACAUGUGAAUAACCUCCUAUAAAUAAAUUUUAUAACAAAAACUAUUUUCUGAAAUGAGCUACGCAGGUGUGGGUUCUUGCUAUAGCUUUGACUUUGUGCUUUGGAUUCUUAUCUGGAAUUUGGCAAACAGCCCUGUUGUCUGUUUAAAACCUAAAUUUUAAGAGAAAAUGACAGUU